AUGUCACUGUACGCAUCAUUUAUAGACCUUUCCAGUAGUCUUCGGCUUGCUUCUGGUUGGAAGAUAGAAGCGGAUGGGUCUGAGGAUUGCAAUAAUGAGGGUUCUAGGUAUUGCUUUAGUCCUCCAUACGUUGCUGAUACAAAUAGGAAGGCUUUAACAGUAGAAAUGCAUGUACAAGAACAGCGGCACAUUGUGGAGGACAAGGAUGCGAAUAAUGGCUACUCUUACCCUGGAAGCAGUGUCAACAACCACCAUUGCAUCCCUAGGCAGGAUUUUAACAACGGCGGCGGUGUCGGCAGCAAUGGCAGUGGUGGAGAUCAUGCUCGAUCACACAAGCUCAAUAGAUGCCAGCAAGCUCCUCUAUAUAAACAGUUUAGAUUUGUCUUCAUCUACUCCAUUGAACUCUUUGCUCUAUACUUGGGGGAAAAAGGAACCAAAACGAUUGCAAGAAUGAGGGUUCUAGUGCUUGCUCUAGCCCUGGUGAUGGUUGGAUCCUGCUUUGCUGCAGGGAACAAGAAAGAUUUAGUUUUUGAUCUUGAGAGGUAUGAUCCUAAGAAAUGGAGUAGCCCGCACCUUGUUGAAGACCAGCAGGAAAUUGGUAAUCAUCCUGAUAAUGAACAAGAAAGCGACCACCAUAAAAUUCCCAGGGAAAAUUAUGGACCACCAAAAUACACUCCCAUGGAAAAUUAUGGUAAAGGUACACCAUAACUACGUAGUGGGUGAUAAUGGAAAUGGCAAAGUUUAAUUUCUGAAUCAUAAUUAAGUAUUUUAAUAGUAAUGUUUGUGAUAAAAGGGGUUGUUUUUCUUCUUCUUUUUCUUCUUAGAAAAUGAUAAGUCUGGCUAGCUCUUGCCAACUCUAAUCAUAUAGGUGAGGACUUAUACAUAUGGUUUGGUUACUUCAAACUUGUCUGGUGUAGAACAAGAUCUAUAUGUAUAUCUUGUCACAGAUGUGCAUAAAUAAAAUCUCGUUGUUUUUUAAUUAA